AUGGCGCCAAAAGGAGACCAGUUCUCUGCGCCCGGCUCGGCGAGCUAUGCAUCCGAUACAAUGACUGUCGGAGACGGGACCUGGGAUUUUUCAAAGAAUACCUUUUUGCUUCCGAACCUCCAGGGUGUCAACUUUGACACCAUGCGAUACAAUGGCAUGGGCAAUCGUUUCGCCACGCUCCCUCAGUAUCAUCGAAUUGUCCUAGCGCAUGGCAUCAUUGCAGCCAUAGUGUUUCUUCUCCUGGUACCCCUGGCAGUCAUGCUGGCCAGGUUCUAUUCUCGAGAACCAGGAUACGCAAUCGUCUACCAUGCACAGCUCCAAGUGUUUUCGGGCUUGAUGCUUCUCAGCGUCUUCAUUCUCGGCUUCUUCGCCGUCGGGCCGGAGCGAAACCUGACCAACCCGCAUCACGGCAUCGGCCUCGCAAUUUUCGUUCUGUUUCUUCUUCAACUUGUUGGUGGCCGACUCGUGCGUCACAUCACCAAGCUACGAUCUCUUCGCAUCACGAUUCAUCAAUGGUCCGGCAGAGCAAUUGCCCUCCUGGGCAUUGUUCAGGUUCCCCUGGGACUCGCCUUGUAUGGCUCGCCGAAAUACCUGUUCAUCCUGUACGCGCUUUGGAUGACCUUCCUGUUCAUCGUCUACUUCAUCUUGAACUACCGCGCCGAGGCACGUCGAGAGCUGUUCAUGCAUGAGGCCCGGUCUGAAGCUGGCAAGACUCGCGUCACCGAAUCCGAGUACUUUUCACAAGGGCCGAGGCAUGACCGCAGUGGCAGGAUGAAAUGGCUAGGUCCUCUCGCUGCGGGGGCGGGACUGUGGGCGUUGAUGGGCGGAAAGGAGAAGAGCAAGGACCGUCGCCAUCGCAGUCCUGCAAGGUCAAGAUCAUUCGUCAGCAGCAGCCGCGGCCCCGAAGUCCUGCCCUCCAGGCGCGGCUCCGAGAGCUACGUCAGCGAAAAGUAUUCCGAGCCACCCAAGAAGGGCCGAGGCGGCUUUUGGAAAGCAUUCGGGACGGUUGCUGCUGGAAUCGGCGCCGGAAAAUUAGUCUCAGGCCUCGUAAAUCGCCGCAACGACCGGCGUGACGAAGACUACUCUGCCGUCUCCACCGAGACGCCUCGACGGUACGCCUCCCGACGCGGAGGUGAGACCGUCCUUAGCGAGUUUAGCAGUGAUUAUACCGAGUACGCCCGCAGGCCGGAUGAGACGCAAACUUCCCUGCUUCCACCAUCCGCCAACCCUGCCGGGAGAGGCGGCCCAAGAAGACCAAUAACGCCUGAGCCGCUCCACUCUCGUGGUCGUGGCGACCCGGAAGUGUCUGAUUAUACCUCAUAUGUCAGCCCUUCGAGGCGGCCACGGGAUGAACGCCAUGGAGGUGGCCUAGCCAAGGGUAUCUUGGCCGGGCUGGGCAUGGGCUGGUUCGCCAAGAAGCUGGCCGACAGACGAGCCAGGAAAGAAGAAGACAGGUUGCGAGAAGAAGAGGAAACAAGAUCCGGAGUGUCCGGCUCUCGAUUUACUGGGGAUGGAUAUCCAUCGCCAGCUCGGCGAGACUCUCGGAGACCCUUGCCGGUCAGGCGAGCCACUGGCCACCCUGGAACAACAGAUAUAUCCGAGAUGACUGAUGUGACGGAAUCUACCAUGGAGCCCGGCCCAGGAGCAGGUUCGUACACGGCCGGUCCAUCAACGCACACGGGGACCGCACCUGCCGUGGUGCCUUUACCGGGACCAAAAGGUCACUCUAGGUCGAGGUCGAGGUCGCAAGUGCGAAACGAGCGAGUUUCCAUGCCCACUAUGCCGGCCGAUCCUCAUGGGAUCCUGCACUCGGAAGCAGCAUCACAUGUGCCAUCUGGUGAUGGCCGUCCAGAGCGCCGAUCCUCGUCCCGAGUCAUGCGACGUGCCGAGGAAGGGGCGGCUGCGGCUACGGCUGCGGCUGCGGCUCCUGCCAGCGAGCUUGCGGCAUCAGAGAGGGAUCAAUAUGGUUCGCCGACAAGCCAGCCUGUCAGUGUCAAGGUAAAAAUGCAUGACGACAGGGAUCGAAAUGUGACACUACGCCGCCUAACAGAGGAGGAAGCGAGGGCGACCCGGAGCCCUAGGAACAGGGGCGAUUCCGAAAGCAGUCUGUCGGGUCUGGAUUCUCCCAGCUACGGUCGUCGAUAUAGAAGAGAUUCGAGCCAGAGGAGAGCAGAGCGUUCGGCUGAAAAACGAGUCGAAGAAGAGGACCAACUGGCACCACUGUCGCCGCCCAACCCGGCCUUUGCAAAAGGAACGAGGAAAAAGAAGGAUUCUGCGUACUAUUCUGGGCAGCCUGGUCCGUCAGGUUCGUCGCCGAUGGGACAACGAACUGUCUCCAGCUUGGGCGGGGAAAGCAUGGGCACGUGGAGCGGAAUGAGCCAAUCUCCAAGUGGACCAGGAAGAGGUCCGGAAUCUGUAGCUGCGGAUGACCGGAGGCGGCGGAGGAGGCUGGAGCGACGUGGUGCGGGCAGUAACCGACCGUCGGAGCUGGAUAUGUUUGGGUAA